AUGACAUCUAAUGAAAAUUAUGGGUGUGAUUUGCCUGAAUUACGAGCCCUCAUGGAAUUACGCGGCAUUGAAGCCGUUGAGAAGAUCAAUUCAAAAUAUGGUAGUAUUGAAGGAUUAUGCAAAAAAUUAUUAAGUGACCCUAUAAAUGGCCUUCCUAAUGAUCGACAAAAACUGGAAAGGAGGCGAAAGGUUUUUGGUAAAAAUGAAAUACCACCAGCACCAUCAAAAACGUUUCUUCGUCUCGCUUGGGAAGCAUUACAGGACAUAACUCUUGUAAUCUUACUGAUUUCCGCACUUGUUUCACUAGGAUUAUCAUUUUAUGAACCUCCGGAAGAUCAUGAAAGUGGUGAAAAAGAAGCCGGCUGGAUUGAGGGUGCAGCUAUACUUGUUGCUGUUAUUGUUGUUGUGCUUGUAACUGCUCUGAAUGACUGGAGUAAGGAGAAACAGUUCCGAGGUUUACAGUCGAAAAUCGAAACGGAACAUAAAUUAUCGGUAAUUCGAGGUGGUCAAGCAGUUGAUAUUGUUGUCAAUGAGCUCGUUGUUGGCGAUAUUGCUCGAAUAAAAUAUGGCGAUUUAUUACCAGCUGAUGGAAUAUUAAUUCAGAGUAAUGAUUUAAAAAUUGAUGAAUCUUCUUUGACGGGUGAAUCGGAUUUAAUAAAAAAGACACCAGAAACAGACCCAGUCCUUCUAUCAGGCACUCAUGCGAUGGAAGGAAGCGGUAGAAUGCUAAUUACAGCAGUUGGAAUAAAUUCACAAACGGGUAUUAUAAUGGCAUUAUUAGGAGCCACUAAAAAUGAAAAUAAUAAAAAAAGUUCGAAUUCGAUCGUUCCACAGAAUCAAAUCAAUGGAGGGUUCGGAAUAGAAGGAAAACAUCAAAAAUUAUCAGCUGAUUCAAUUGAUAUUGAUGAAAAAAUAUCAAAAUCAGUUUUACAAGGAAAACUCUCAGCUUUGGCAAUCCAGAUUGGAUACAUGGGUUUCAUAGUUGCUGGCGCGACUGUUAUUAUUUUAAUCGUUCGUUAUUGUAUAACACGUUACGUAAUAAAGCAUGAAAGCUUUCAAACAUCAGACAUAACUUAUUUUGUAAAUUUUAUAAUUGUUGGUGUAACAGUAUUGGUCAUAGCAGUGCCUGAAGGUCUUCCACUUGCGAUUACUCUUGCACUUACUUAUUCUGUCAAAAAGAUGAUGAAAGAUAACAAUUUGGUGCGACAUUUGGAUGCAUGCGAAACAAUGGGCAAUGCAACUGCGAUUUGUUCUGAUAAAACCGGUACUUUGACAACAAAUCGUAUGACAGCUGUACAAUUUUACAUAAAUGGCACAUUUUAUAAAGGAACAAUUCCAAAAUAUGGCGACCUAAAUGAAGUCACUAGGGAUUUGUUAGUUGAAGGAAUUUCAAUUAAUAGUGGGUAUAGCUCACAAGUUUUCGAUUCAAGCGAGCAAGGAAAACCAAGAACGCAAUUAGGAAAUAAGACCGAAUGUGCACUUCUUGGACUCGUUCUCGAUCUCGGACGAAACUAUAUGGAUAUAAGAAAACAAUUUCCUGAAGAAACAUUAAUAAAAGUUUACACAUUUAAUUCGGUCAGAAAAUCGAUGAUGACUGUAAUUAAGCUACCCAGCGGUGAUGGUUUUCGUGUUUAUGCAAAAGGGGCUUCAGAAAUUAUUCUAGCAAGGUGUACUUAUAUCCUCGGUGCGAAUGAUAAGGUAUUACAUUUCGAAACAAAAGAUCAAGAGGAAAUCAACAAAAAUAUAAUUGAACCUAUGGCCUCCGAUGGUUUACGCACUAUUGUGCUUUUUGUGUUUAUAAAACCUAUUAACGUUUCUUACAAAGAUUCAGUGAAUUGGGAUGAUGAAGAAAGUAUUCGUACUGGGAUGACUAUUAUUGCUAUAAUUGGCAUUCAAGAUCCUGUUAGACCUGAGGUGCCAGCUGCAAUCGAAAAGUGUCAAAAAGCUGGAAUAACUGUACGAAUGGUCACUGGAGAUAAUAUUAACACUGCAAGAUCUAUAGCAACUGCUUGUGGCAUCUUAAAGCCCGGUAGCGACUUUUUAGCACUUGAAGGAAAAGAAUUUAAUGAACGGAUUCGUGAAAAUGGCAAAAUAAGCCAAGCCAAAUUGGAUGCUGUAUGGCCUCGAUUACGAGUUCUAGCGCGAGCUCAGCCUUCUGAUAAAUACAUUUUGGUUCGAGGAAUCAUCAACAGCAAAUAUUCGAAAAACAGAGAAGUAGUUGCAGUAACAGGCGAUGGAACGAAUGAUGCGCCAGCAUUAAAAAAAGCUGAUGUGGGCUUUGCAAUGGGAAUCGCUGGUACAGAUGUUGCAAAAGAGGCUUCCGAUAUUAUAUUAACUGAUGAUAAUUUUACGUCAAUUGUUAAAGCCGUAAUGUGGGGUAGAAAUGUUUAUGAUUCAAUAUCGAAAUUCCUUCAGUUUCAAUUAACAGUUAAUGUUGUUGCGGUGACUAUCGCAUUUAUUGGUGCCUGUGCAAUAAAUGAUUCGCCUUUAAAGGCAGUGCAAAUGUUAUGGGUUAAUUUGAUAAUGGAUACUUUGGCUUCUUUAGCUCUUGCAACUGAAAUGCCGACAGAAGAUCUUCUAAAACGUAAACCUUACGGUCGCACAAAAUCUUUAAUAUCAAGAACAAUGAUUAAAAAUAUUGCCGGUCAUGCUAUUUAUCAAUUAAUAAUAUUAUUUUUAAUUUUAUUUUGGGGUGACAAAUUUAUACCAGAAGUGGACAAUGGUCGAUGGGCACCACUGAAUUCACCACCUUCGAGACAUUUUACUAUUAUUUUUAAUGUUUUUGUGCUGAUGACUCUUGUUAAUGAAAUCAAUUCGAGAAAAGUUCAUGGCGAGAGAAAUGUUUUUAAAGGUCUUUUUACAAAUCCAAUAUUUUGUGUUAUAUGGAUAUUAACGUUAAUCUCACAGAUACUUAUUGUUCAAUUUGGUGGUGCAUGGGUUUCAACUGCCCCUUUGAAUGAAAUUCAUUGGGCUUUUUGUGUUCUUUGUGCAAUGGGAACACUUAUUUGGGGACAGAUUCUUGCUACGAUUCCGAGUAAAAUCUUGCCAAAGUUCUUCACAUUCGGCAGAGGCGAAAUUAAACCAACUUCAAUACUUAUCACUGGAGAAUACGAGACAACUGAAGGUUUCGUUAAAGGAAUACCAGGAGAAGAACAGAAACGACCUGGCCAACUGCUAUGGUUACUCGGCUUAACAAGGCUGCAAACACAGAUGCGUGUUAUUCGAGCUUUUCAGUCAAAUACUAGUGCUGCACAUUUGAAUUCACUGACUUUAUCAUCAGCAGAUCGUCUCAGAGCGAGUCAGCGUAAAUUACAACUGGCACGUCAAAGAGAAGGACAAAAAAGUUCGUUAAAGCGAACAUUGAACAAGACCAUGAGCUGA